UGACCAAAUCUGAUGUCCUUGCUGGGUGCUGCUGGAUUUUGCAAAGAAUAGUGCUUGAAGUACAUUCGUCUGAUUUGUUUUAUAGAAUUGCACGGAUAUUCUCACUGAACAUCAAAAUGCAAGGAUUGAGUUUGAAGAGUAUGAGGAAGCACCCAACUCUGCUCCCAAUUUAUUUCUGCUUAGGCCUGGGAGCCUUUGGUGCGUUCUUCUACACGGCACGCUUGGCGUUCCAAAGUCCUGAUGUUUCUUGGCUAAACAAGAAGGAGGCUGAACCAUGGAAUGCCUAUAAGGAUAAGCAAUAUAAGUUCUAUGCAACAAGAGAUGAAAUUACUAAUGCGAAGAGCCCGGCGCCAGAGUAUUGAGCAGCAAUAUGUAAACUAGUAUUUGUUAUAGGAAUAAACUGUUAUAUAAAUUGCUA